AUGUUAAAUAUCUAUGUUAGCAAUAUCUCUCUUGUUACUCGAUAUUUUAAAAUAUUAGCCAAUAAUCGGAAUAAAUUAAUAAAUCAAAAAUAUUAUUUAAGCUUACGAAAAUAUACAUUACAAGUAUCAUCUAAGUCUUUAAACAACAAAGGAAGAAUAACUAAUAGAAUUCAAAGAAAUUAUCAUGAUGAUGGAGCUUUUGGAUAUAGAGUUUCACGAGAAUUCAGGAUGCCUGAUUACACUACAGAAGAAUUGUCAAAUAGAAUAGAAAAUGCAGGUUUACUUCGAUUAAUUACUGCUUAUAGAACUUUCGGUCAUAGAGCUGCGGAUCUUGAUCCCUUGGGGAUUAUGAAGCGAGAAGAAAUUAAAGCAUUAGAUCAUUUAAGAUAUAUUUUUACAACUGACCCAAAUAAAUUAUAUAAUUUAAAGGGAAUCCUCUUCGUGAAUUCAAAAGAUAAAGCAACAUUAGAUUCAAUUUUAUCCCAUUUGUUAAAAGUUUAUUGUGGAAAAGUUGCUUAUGAGUUUAUGCAUAUUCCGAAUGCAAGUGAAAGACGUUGGUUCUAUCGUAUUAUAGAAUCUUUUGAAUCGAUAUCGUUAACAUCGAAAGAGAAAAUAAGGAUAUUUGAAGUUUUAGCAAAAUCCGAGGUUUUCGAUCAUUUUAUGGCGAAGAGAUUUCCUCAAGUUAAACGUUAUGGAUUGGAAGGUGCAGAAUCUAUGAUGAUUGCCUUGGAUAAAUUGUUUGAAAUUACGAAUAAAGCUGGGAUAAUUGACGUAGUAUUAUGCAUGCCCCACAGAGGUCGUCUAAAUCUGUUGGUAGAUUUAUUAAAAUUCCCUCCAACGAGAUUAUUUCAUAAAAUCAAAGGAAAUCCAGAAUUUCCAGAAGAAUUGCCUGCUACUGGAGAUGUUCUAUCACAUCUUGCAUUUUCACCAACAUUAGAUUAUGGAAUGCCCAAACCAUUGAAUAUAUCAAUGCUUCAUAAUCCUUCACAUCUUGAGGCUGUAAAUCCUGUAGCAAUGGGAAAAGCCCGAGCGAAACAAAUGGAUCUUAUAAAAUCGGAAAAAGAUUGUGAACUUGGUGAUCGUGUUAUGUGUGUUCAAUUACAUGGUGAUGCGGCAUUUACGGGUCAAGGAGUCGUAAUGGAAAGUUUUGGUUUAUCUAAUCUUCCACACUUUUCAUCUGGUGGAUCGAUACAUAUUGUAGUCAAUAAUCAAUUAGGAUAUACUACACCUGCGCAAAAUGCAAGGAGUAGUUGGUAUUGUUCAGAUAUUGGAAAAAUGAUUAAUGCUUCAGUUAUUCAUGUUAAUGGAGAUUUUCCAGAGGAAGUAACUCGUGCGAUUGAAGUUGCAUUCGAAUAUAGAAAUAAGUUUCGAAAGGAUAUUAUAAUAGAUCUAAUUACAUAUCGUCGAUGGGGUCAUAACGAGUUAGAUGAACCAGCAUACACACAACCAUUAAUGUAUAAAAACAUAAGAUCAAGAAAAAGUGUUUCCAAGUUGUAUGAAGAAAAAUUGAUAGAAGAUUUAAUUUUGACAAAAAAAGAUAUUGUUGAUUUUCGAGAAAAAUAUUUUAACGUAUUGGAUGAACAUUAUAAACAAUCGGAUAAUUAUAAGUCUGAAAUGGAUAGCUUACGAAAGAAAUGGAUUGGAUUAGUCAUGCCUAAAGAAACUGUAUCGAAAAAGGAUACAGGUAUUCCACAAGAAACAUUGCAUAAAGUCGGAAUGGCUUCUAUCGAAACACCUAAAGAUUUUAUGAUUCAUCCACGUCUUCAAAAAUUUCACAUACAAACGCGUCUUCAGAAAAUAAAGGAAGGAAAGAAUAUUGAUUGGGCUACUGCUGAAGCACUUGCACUUGGAUCUUUAUUACUUGAAGGUUACAAUGUACGCCUAUGUGGUCAAGACGUUGGGCGCGGUACAUUUAGUCAACGUCACGCAAUGUUUGUUUGUCAGGAAUCAGAACGGAUUGUGGUUCCAUUGAAUGGAUUGGCGAAAGAUCAAGGAAUGCUUGAAGUUACAAAUAGUAAUCUCAGUGAAUUUGCAGUGUUGGGAUUUGAAUAUGGAAUGUCUUGUGAAUCACCAAACAUUUUAAAUAUAUGGGAAGCACAAUUUGGAGAUUUUUUUAAUGGAGCCCAAGUGGUGAUUGAUACUUAUAUUUCUAGUGGUGAAGUAAAAUGGCUAAGACAGUCUGGAUUAGUUAUGUUAUUACCUCAUGGCUAUGAUGGUGCAGGUCCUGAACAUUCAAGUUGUAGGAUUGAAAGAUUUGAUGUUUUGGAUGAAAGCAUACCAAUAAAUCCAAACAUGCAUAUAGUUAAUCCAACUACACCAGCACAGUAUUUUCAUGUUUUGAGAAGACAGAUGAAAAGAAAUUUCAGAAAACCUUUAAUAGUUGUUGCACCAAAAAUAUUAUUGAGAUCUUCUGUUGCAGUAUCAAAUUUUGAAGAAAUGACACCCAGGACAACAUUUUUACCUGUAUUAGGGGAUUUUUCUAUAUCUGAUUAUCUCAAAGUUGAGAAAGUAAUAUUUGUUUCAGGAAAAAUUUAUUAUGACCUUGUAAAAGCAAAACAAGAUAAAAAUAUAAAUGACAAAUUUGCUAUUAUUAGAGUUGAGGAACUAUGUCCAUUCCCUAAACAAGAUAUUGAGAUAGAGUUGAAGAAAUAUAAUAAUGUUAAUGAAUUUAUUUGGUGUCAAGAGGAGCCACAAAAUAAUGGUGCAUAUACAUUCAUGGAACCUAGAUUGAAUCAACUGUUAUCUCCUGGAAAAAAGUUGAAAUAUGUGGGAAGACCACCAAGUGCUGCACCUGCAGUGGGAGUAUCAAAAUGGCAUCACCAAGAGAUUAAAAACAUUUUAAAUGAUAUAUUUGUUUAUUAA